GCAAGAGUAAACGGAACUGCUGCACUCAACAAUAACUGCGACUGGAUUGUAUAAAAACAAACGUUCACCAAGCUGUUUUUUUGUUGUUGUUGUUCUAUUCUAACUUUUCUAUACUAUUCGUCAACAAUCAGAAUAUCUACAUUUUUUUGUUUGUUGUCAUCGUCGACUUAGAUGUAGUUGCUGUCUCCGCCUUGAUUUGUGACUUUAUAUCAAUGUAGUGUUGUCGGACGGACCGAUAUUUUUUGUUCAGGUGGUCGACCACUACCCCCUUUUCGGUUGUUUACUUUCUGGUUGACUCUGGUUGACUUCACAUCACCCGCUGUGUAUGAGUAACUUUGUCUUUACUAAUUCUAUGUGACAUUUUGACGCUAUUCUAGCUACUACUAUGGCCGAGGCAGCCCAACAACCACAACAGGUUGAGAUCGACCCGGAUUUCGAGCCUCUUUCCCGGCCCCGCUCCUGCACAUGGCCCCUGCCACGUCCGGAGUUCAUCACCCCGGGCGACUCCAACACCUCCUCUCCCGCCCCUUCUGUCAAACAAGAACCCAGCAGCAACUCCGACUUCAUCUCCAGCCUCAGUUUAUUAGAAGAGACUGAAGAUUACCCCGAAGAGGAUCAGAAACCCACCAUCCUCUGCAAUGAUUUCCAAUGUCAGGAAAACUGCAUCCACGACCACCAACAGCAUCAGCAGCAGCAGCACCCGGGGAACAGCCCCCAACUCCCGCAGCAACAGGUGCUUCUGCUCUCCUCUCCGGCCGGGUCUGCAUCUUCAGUAGCGGCUGCGGCCGCUGCAGCUGCCCAGAGGAAAAGCAGUUCAUCUCGGCGUAACGCCUGGGGCAAUAUGUCUUAUGCAGACCUCAUAACUAAGGCUAUUGAGAGCACCCCGGACAAGAGACUUACCUUGUCGCAGAUCUAUGACUGGAUGGUGAAGAACGUGCCUUAUUUCAAGGACAAGGGAGAUAGCAACAGCUCUGCUGGAUGGAAGAACUCUAUCCGGCACAACCUGUCCCUCCACAGUCGGUUCGUCCGUGUGCAGAAUGAGGGGACAGGGAAGAGUUCCUGGUGGAUGCUAAACCCUGAGGGAGGGAAGACUGGGAAGUCCCCUCGACGUAGAGCAGCCUCCAUGGACAACAACAACAGCAAGUUCGCCAAGAGCAGAGGACGGGCUGCUAAGAAGAAGUUGUCUCUCCAGGGUGGUCCUGACGGGGGAGCAGACAGCCUCGGGGGAGGCACCUACUCCAAGUGGCCCGGCAGCCCCAACUCCCACAGCAACGAUGACUUUGAUGCAUGGAGCGGUUUCCGGCCGCGCACCUCCUCCAACGCCAGCACGCUCAGCGGACGCCUCUCGCCCUUCACACCCGAGGACGACCUCGGAGACGGGGACGUGCACAUGGGCUACCCAGGAUCCUCCGGGGCCAAGAUGGCGAACACAUUGCCCAGCCUGUCAGAGAUGGCGAGUUCUCUAGGCCACCACCACCACAGCUCAGAGAACGUUAUGGAGAACCUUCUGGAUAACCUGAACCUCCUCUCUCCCAAGAACACCCAGGUGGGAGGAGGAGGGGGUGUGGGGCAGGGGUCAUCCCAGAACUCCCCUUCCCCCCUAAUGCAGGCCAGCCCCGGGUCAGGGGUGGGCUACCCUUCCUACUCCUCUCCCUCCAUGGUCCCCCAGCAACAACCCCAGCAGCAGCAGGACUACCGCAAGUGUCGGUAUAGCCAGGCAAGGAUGAAUGCUCUCUCCCCCAUGUCCCCCAACCCCAUGCAAACCCUGGGGGACAUCAAGUCCAGCUUCAGCCCCUCGUCUCUGGGUCAAUAUAACUGUCCUGCUGGCCUCCUCAAAGAGCUCCUGACCUCAGACUCUGACCCCCGCGUGGACAUGAUGCCCUCGGUCGACACGGUGGUCUCUCAGUCUGGCGCAGGACGAAGCAGCGUACUACCUUCGUAUAAUGCCUCUCAGCACGGAGGAGGAGGAGGAGGAGGAGGAGGAAGAGGGGGGAGUCUACACCCACACUCUCACCCUCACCCCCACGGCCUCCCUCAUCCCCAAACCCACCCUCACCCUCACCUCCACAACCAAACCCCACCCACUUCUGUCUCGUCCAUGAACAGCUGCAACCUGAUGUCUCUGAGCAGUUUGAGCCAAAGCGGUGGAGGGGGUAAUGGAACCCGCCUGGGCGUUAAGAACCCCAUGCAGGUGCCCUACGGUCUCUCUGCCCAUGUUGGACCAGGGGGGAUGCCCGGUGGGUUCUGCCCCAUCAACACUAACGGAUAUGGGCGUCCAGGCCUGGGUCUACCCCCGCCCCACCACCACCACCACCACCUGGAGAAACUGCCCAGCGAUCUGGACGACAUGUCCAUUGAGAGGUUCGAGUGUGAUAUGGAAUCCAUUCUUCAUGACACCCUGAUGGACGGAGACCCGCUGGACUUCAACUUUGAACCCAUGGUGACCUCGCAGGGGUUCACGACCCAUGGGGUCAAGACGAGCACGCAUGGCUGGGUGUCGGGGUAGAGGACGGAUGGACAUACACUCUCUCUAACACACACACACACACUCUCUCUAACACACACACACACACACACACACACACACUCUCUCUCUAACACACACACACUCUCUCUAACACACACACACACACACACAACUGCUGGGUGUCGGGGUAGAGGACGGAUGGACAUACACUCUCUUACACACAUACACGAUGGAAGGACACGUGGACUGACGGACACACACACACACACAAACACACACACACACACACACACACUCUCUCCAACACACACACACACACUCUCUCUAACACACACACACGCAUACACACACACACACACACACACACACUCUCUCUAACACACACACACACAACUGCUGGGUGUCUGGGUAGAGAACAGACAAACGAUUGCACACACACACACACACACACACACACACACACACACACACACACACACACACACACACACACACACACACACACACACACACACACACACACACACACACACACACACACACAGAGGAUCCUCUCUGACCAUCUUUCCUUCCAUCUGGUCCACCAGAUGACUUCUUCUUCAUGUUGCUUUUUAUUACAGGGUCAUAAACACUUAAAGCAUCUCAGAAUCACCAUGGAAACUAACUGGCAGAGCAACCCCCCCCCCUCACCCUCCGUCCUACUAACGGUGCCCUAGUCAGUGACAUGCAUCAUCUUCAUCACCAUCAUCAUUGUCAUCAUUAUCAUCGCCGUCGUCCUCAUCAUCGUCAUCACAGAUAUUAUGGUCACAAAAGAUUUCUCUCUGGUCGAAGCAGUCAGACAGUCAGUCAGACACAGACAGACAUACAGUCAGACAGACAGACAGACAGACAGACAGACAGACAGACAGACAGACAGUCAGACAGACAGACAGACAGACAGACAGACAGACAGACAGACAGACAGACAGACAGACAGACAGACAGUCAGACAGACAGACAGUCAGACAGACAGACAGUCAGACAGACAGACAGUCAGACAGACAUACAUACAGUCAGACAGACAGACAGACAGACAGACAGUCAGACAGACAGACAGUCAGACAGACAGUCAGUCAGACAGACAGGACUGUUCCUGUCUCUUUCUCCCUCUGCUGUAACAUAUCUGUGUAAAUACAAAGAAAGUGCCAGGCCGUCGUUGGAGCCAAACUGAAACGGGCUAUCUCUCUGUGGUUGCAGGGGUAGUACAGCUGUGACUGUGUGCUUUCUGUCUGUGGUUGCAGGGGUAGUACAGCUGUGACUGUGUGCUUUCUCUCUGUGGUUGCAGGGGUAGUACAGCUGUGACUGUGUGCUUUCUCUCUGUUGUUGCAGGGGUAGUACAGCUGUGACUGUCUGCUUUCUCUCUGUUGUUGCAGGGGUAGUACAGCUGUGACUGUGUGCUUUCUGUCUGUUGUUGCAGGGGUAGUACAGCUGUGACUGUGUGCUGUCUCUCUGUUGUUGCAGGGGUAGUACAGCUGUGACUGUGUGCUUUCUCUCUGUGGUUGCAGGGGAAGUACAGCUGUGACUGUGUGCUUUCUCUCUGUUGUUGCAGGGGUAGUACAGCUGUGACUGUGUGCUUUCUGUCUGUGGUUGCAGGGGUAGUACAGCUGUGACUGUGUGCUUUCUGUCUGUGGUUGCAGGGGUAGUACAGCUGUGACUGUGUGCUGUCUCUCUGUGGUUGCAGGGGUAGUACAGCUGUGACUGUGUGCUUUCUCUCUGGUUGCAGGGGUAGUACAGCUGUGACUGUGUGCUUUCUGUCUGUGGUUGCAGGGGUAGUACAGCUGUGACUGUGUGCUAUCUGUCUGUUGUUGCAGGAGUAGUACAGAUGUUACUGUGUGCUAUCUGUCUGUUGUUGCAGGGGUAGUACAGCUGUGACUGUGUGCUAUCUGUCUGUUGUUGCAGGGGUAGUACAGCUGUGACUGUGUGCUUUCUCUCUGGUUGCAGGGGUAGUACAGCUGUGACUGUGUGCUUUCUGUCUGUGGUUGCAGGGGUAGUACAGCUGUGACUGUGUGCUUUCUCUCUGGUUGCAGGGGUAGUACAGCUGUGACUGUGUGCUUUCUGUCUGUGGUUGCAGGGGUAGUACAGCUGUGACUGUGUGCUUUCUGUCUGUGGUUGCAGGGGUAGUACAGCUGUGACUGUGUGCUGUCUCUCUGUGGUUGCAGGGGUAGUACAGCUGUGACUGUGUGCUUUCUGUCUGUGGUUGCAGGGGUAGUACAGCUGUGACUGUGUGCUGUCUCUCUGUGGUUGCAGGGGUAGUACAGCUGUGACUGUGUGCUUUCUCUCUGGUUGCAGGGGUAGUACAGCUGUGACUGUGUGCUUUCUCUCUGGUUGCAGGGGUAGUACAGCUGUGACUGUGUGCUUUCUCUCUGGUUGCAGGGGUAGUACAGCUGUGACUGUGUGCUAUCUGUCUGUUGUCGCAGGGGCAGUACAGCUGUGACUGUGUGCUAUCUCUCUGUUCUGUUCAAAUGCCAACUAGUUCUCAGUUACUGCAAGUACUUUGCUAUCAGUACCCACGUAAUGACAUCAUCAUGCAGAACCUUGUUCUGACCGGAGCCUUGGAUGACCAGCGUUCACUGAACAUGCCGUACACACACACACACACACACACACACUAUAAUUCUUACUAGCUGAAUAGAACAGCUGACUGUCCCAUCAGGCUGAACAUCAAUGACCUGAGGCACCAAAUGGAACCCUAUUCCCUAUAUAGUGUACUCCUGGCACCCUAUUCCCUAUAUAGUGUACUACUGGCACCCUAUUCCCUAUAUAGUGUACUAUUUAGACCAGGGCCCAUUGGGCUCUAUAUAGUGUACUCCUUUAGACCAGGGCCCAUAAGGCUCUAUACAGUGUACUCCUUUAGACCAGGGCCCAUAAGGCUCUAUACAGUGUACUCCUUUAGACCAGGGCCCAUAAGGCUCUAUAUAGUGUACUCCUUUAGACCAGGGCCCAUAAGGCUCUAUACAGUGUACUCCUUUAGACCAGGGCCCAUAAGGCUCUAUACAGUGUACUCCUUUAGACCAGGGCCCAUAAGGCUCUAUACAGUGUACUCCUUUAGACCAGGGCCCAUAAGGCUCUAUAUAGUGUACUCCUUUAGACCAGGGCCCAUAAGGCUCUAUACAGUGUACUACUUUAGACCAGGGCCCAUAAGGCUCUAUAUAAUGUACUCCUUUAGACCAGGGCCCAUAAGGCUCUAUAUAGUGUACUCCUUUAGACCAGGGCCCAUAAGGCUCUAUACAGUGUACUCCUUUAGACCAGGGCCCAUAAGGCUCUAUACAGUGUACUCCUUUAGACCAGGGCCCAUAAGGCUCUAUAUAAUGUACUCCUUUAGAUCAGGGCCCAUUGGGCUCUAUAUAGUGUACUCCUUUAGACCAGGGCCCAUAAGGCUCUAUACAGUGUACUCCUUUAGACCAGGGCCCAUAAGGCUCUAUAUAAUGGAAUGGGGUUCCAUUUGGGACGCAACAUUAACCUGCCAUCAGUGUGCCUUUGUGUCUAAGAAUGCACCGCUAAAUGAUUUGGACUGCAUGAGAGAGAAGGUAGAGGGGAGAUACAGAGAAGAUAGAGGGAAGAUACAGAUAAGAUAGAGGGAAGAUACAGAUAAGAUAGAGGGAAGAUACAGAGAAGAUAGAGGGGAGAUACAGAGAAGAUAGAGGGAAGAUACAGAGAAGAUAGAGGGAAGAUACAGAUAAGAUAGAGGGAAGAUACAGAUAAGAUAGAGGGAAGGUACAGAGAAGAUACAGAUAAGAUAGAAGGAAGAUACAGAGAAGAUAGAGGGAAGAUACAGAGAAGAUAGAGGGAAGGGAAGGUAGAAGAUAUAGAUAAGAUAGAGGGAAGGUAGAAGAUACAGAGAAGAUAGAGGGAAGAUACAGAGAAGAUAGAGGGAAGAUACAGAUAAGAUAGAGGGAAGAUAUAGAUAAGAUAGAGGGAAGGUAGAAGAUACAGAGAAGAUAGAGGGAAGAUACAGAGAAGAUAGAGGGAAGGGAAGGUAGAAGAUAUAGAUAAGAUAGAGGGAAGGUAGAAGAUACAGAGAAGAUAGAGGGAAGAUACAGAGAAGAUAGAGGGAAGAUACAGAUAAGAUAGAGGGAAGAUAUAGAUAAGAUAGAAGGAAGAUACAGAGAAGAUAGAGGGAAGAUAUAGAUAAGAUAGAAGGAAGAUACAGAUAAGAUAGAGGGAAGAUAUAGAUAAGAUAGAAGGAAGAUACAGAGAAGAUAGAGGGAAGAUAUAGAUAAGAUAGAAGGAAGAUACAGAGAAGAUAGAGGGAAGAUACAGAUAAGAUACAGAUAAGAUAGAGGGAAGAUACAGAUAAGAUAGAGGGAAGAUACAGAUAAGAUACAGAUAAGAUAGAGGGAAGAUACAGAUAAGAUAGAAUGAAGAUACAGAGAAGAUAGAGGGAAGGGAAGGUAGAAGAUAUAGAUAAGAUAGAGGGAAGGUAGAAGAUACAGAGAAGAUAGAGGGAAGGUAGAGGGAAGACAGAGGAACGAUAGAGGAACGAUAGAUGUAAUGUGAUAUUUGAUGGUGAGAGGAAGGAGGUUGGUUGAAAGUUAUGAACUGCACAUCCAGCUUACAAACCUGAUUUCUGGUUGGAAUGAUGUCAUUUCAACCGUCUUUGCCCUCAGGCAGUGUGUGCUGUUGAGUGCUUAGGACUCCCCCUACCUAGGGAUUCCUGGUCUUUGUUACAUCCAAACACCUUUUCUUGUAGCCCUGAUAUGGCUGUCGCCUGCAUUGUUAUGGCAUAGGGAAGUAUACGCCUAAUGCCAUAAGAUACCAUAGUAAUACCAGGUUAUACCGGAGUUUAUACCGGAGUUUAUACCGGAGUUUAUACCGGAGUUUAUACCGCCAUGUCAGGACUAGUGUUCUUGUUGCCUGGUUCAUUGCACAGUAUGUCCGGUCAUUAGAUGUGGACUAUGUCAUCGUGUAGUCGUGUAUCAUGUCAUUAUGUGGACUAUGUCAUUGUGUAGUCGUGUGUCAUUAUAUGUGGACUAUGUCAUCGCAUAGUCGUGUAUCAUGUCAUUAGAUGUGGACUAUGUCAUUGUGUAGUCGUGUGUCAUUAGAUGUGGACUAUGUCAUCGUGUAGUCGUGUAUCAUGUCAUUAGAUGUGGACUAUGUCAUUGUGUCGUCGUGUGUCAUUAGAUGUGGACUAUGUCAUCGUGUAGUCGUGUAUCAUGUCAUUAGAUGUGGACUAUGUCAUUGUGUAGUCGUGUGUCAUUAGAUGUGGACUAUGUCAUCGUGUAGUCGUGUAUUAUGUCAUUAGAUGUGGACUAUGUCAUUGUGUCGUCGUGUGUCAUUAGAUGUGGACUAUGUCAUCGUGUAGUCGUGUAUCAUGUCAUUAGAUGUGGACUAUGUCAUUGUGUAGUCGUGUGUCAUUAGAUGUGGACUAUGUCAUCGUGUAGUCGUGUAUCAUGUCAUUAGAUGUGGACUAUGUCAUUGUGUAGUCGUGUAUCAUGGGGGCAGAACGACAGAUUUGUACCUUGUCAGCUCGGGGGUUUGAACGUGCAACUUUCCGGUUACUAGUCCAACGCUCUAACCACUAGGCUACCCUGCCGCCCCAUGUAAAUGUAAAUAAAUUAAAUAUAUAUAAAUACAGUAUGUAUUCAGAACCAGUCAAAAGUUUGAACACGCCUACUUUUUCUUUAUUUUUACUGUUUUCUACAGUGUAGGAUAAUAGUGAAGACAUCACAACUAUGAAAUAACACAUAUGGAGUCAUGUAGUAACCAAAAAAGUGUUAAACAAAUAAAAAAUAUAUUUUAUAUUUGAGAUUCUUCAAAGUAGCCACCCUUCGCCUUGAUCACAGCUUUGCACACUCUUGGCAUUCUCUCAACCAGCUUCAUGAGGUAGUCACCUGGAAUGCAUUUCAAUUAACAGGUGUGACACGUUAAAAGUUCAUUUGUGGAAUUUAUUUCCUUCUUAAUGCAUUUGAGCUAAUCAGUUGUGGUUUGACAAGGUAGGUGUGGUAUACAGAAGAUAACUCUAUUUGGCAAAAGACCAAGUCCAUAUUAUGUCAAGAACAGCUCAAAUAAGCAAAGAGAAACAACAGUCCAUCAUUACUUUAAGACAUGAGGAUCAGUCAACACUGAACAUUUAUUCAAAUGCAGUCGCAAAAACCAUCAAGCGCUAUGAUGAAACUGUCUCUCAUGAGGAACGUCACAGGAAUGGAAGACCCAGAGUUACCUCUGCUACAGAAGAUAAGUUCACUCGAGUUUCCAGCCUCAGAAAUUGCAGCCCAAAUAAAUGCUUCACAGAGUUCAAGUAACAGACACAUCUCAACAUCAACUGUUCAGAGGAGACUGUGUGAAUCAGGCCUUCAUGGUCGAAUUGCUGCAAAGAAACCACUACUAAAGGACACCAAUAAGAAGAGACUUGCUUGGCCCAGAAACACGAGACAUGGACAUUAGACUGGUGGAAAUCUAUCCUUUGGUCUGAUGAGUCCAAAUUUGAGAUUUUUGGUUCCAAACGGCCGUGUCUUUGUGAGAGGCAGAGUAGGUGAACGGAUGAUCUCCGUAUGUGUAGUUCCCACCGUGAAGCAUGGAGGAGGAGGUGUGAUGGUGCUUUGCUGGUGACACUGUCUGUGAUUUAUUUAGAAUUCAAAGCACACUUAACCAGCAUGGUUACCAAAUCAAAUGUUAUUGGUCACAUACACAUGGUUAGUAGAUGUUAAUGGGAGUGUAGCGAAAUACUUGUGCUUCUAGUUCCGACAGUGCAGUAAUAGCUAACAAGUAAUCUAACAAUACCACAACAACUACCUUAUACACACAAAUUUAAAAGGAUGGAAUAAAAAUAUAUGGAUAAGCGCAUCUACCACAGCAUUCUGCAGCGAUACACCAUCCCAUCUGGUUUGGGCUUAGUGGGACUAUCAUUUGUUUUUUAACAGGAAAAUGACCCAACACACCUCCAGGCUGUGUAAGGGCUAUUUGACCAAGAAGGAGAGUGAUGGAGUGCUGCAUUAGAUGACUUGGCCUCCACAAUCACCCGACCUCAGCCCAAUUGAGAUGGUUUGGGUUGAGUUGGACCGCAGAGUGAAGGAAAAGCAGCCAACAAGUGCUCAGCAUAUGUGGGAACUCCUUCAAGACUGUUGUGAAAGCAUUCCAGGUGAAGCUGGUUGAGAGAAUGCCAAGAGUGUGCAAAGCUGUCAUCAAGGCAAAGGGUGGCUACUUCGAAUAAUCUCAAAUAUUAAAUAUAUCUAGAUUUAUUUAACACUGUUUUGGUUACUACAUGAUUCCAUAUGUGUUAUUUCAUAGAAAAUAGUAAAAAUAAAGAAAAACCUUGGAAUGAGUAGGUGUGUCCAAACUUUUGACUGGUACUGUAUAUGCACACACACACACACACAGACACACAAACACACACACACACACACACACACACACAGACACAGACACACACACGCACACGCACGCGCACGCACGCACGCACGCACACACACACACACACACACACACACACACACACACACACACACACACACACACACACACACACACACACACACACACACACACACACACACAGAGUUUUUUCAGUUUGUUGUUUCUGUGUUCUUUGGUUUGUUCAAUCAGACAGAAGCCUCAGAAACUACCAUAAGGCCUGGACUAACUACCAUAAGGCCUGGGCCUGGAGUAACUACCAUAAGGCCUGGGCCUGGAGUAACUACCAUAAGGCCUGGAGUAUCUACCAUAAGGUCUGGGCCUUGGGUAACUACCAUAAGGCCUGGGCCUGGAGUAGCUACCAUAAGGCCUGGGCCUGGAGUAACUACCAUAAGGCCUGGGCCUGGAGUAACUACCAUAAGGCCUGGUCCUGGAGUAACUACCAUAAGGCCUGGAUUCAAUGUGAGCUGAUCAGUGUGAUCACCAUCUCAGUCCCUCGUCUUGCUCAUCCAGACCUGGUCAAUAUCUGAGCUUUGUUACAAACGACAACGCAGGUUAUGUCAUGUGUUGCUUUUUCAACGUGUCAAUUUAAAACCGAGGAUUAUCUGUCAAAGCAUAUCAGUGACUACAAUUGUGAUUUUUGUUUUGUUCUUCAUUGUCGUUGUAUCGGUUAAGGAUAUCUGCAACAUUUGCCUCUGUUUUAUUAGCUCAGUUAGAAGUUUGACACUUGGAGACAGCUGAUUGGUUAUUGGUUGAGAGUAAAGAGCAUUGGUCAUGUGGUAGUGGAGUCAGGUAGGUAUUUGUUGGUAUGAAACGGAAACUGAUAUUCAAGCAAUUAAAUAUUAAUGUUUAUUGUCAUGAUAUACCAUAGAACCACACAGAGAGUUAGAGAUGCCAGAGAGAUGUUGAGAAUGGGACUGACAUUUGCGUUUCCCAAACGGCAGCCUAUUCCCUAUGUAAUGCACUACGUUUGACCAGAGCCCUAGAGGUAGUGAACAAUAUAGGGAAUAGAGUGCCAUUUGAGAAGUAGACAUGCCGAGGGUGCGUCACAGAAGCUGCUGGAAGGCGUUAGUGCCAGACAUUGCCUUUAUGUUGCCAAUACGGUGCCUAUAGAUUGCAAAAAGUUGCCUAGAAGUUGACUAUACAUUGAAUAAAAGCUGCCUAUACGUUUCCUAUGCGCUAACUCUACGUUGUCUAUAAGUUGACUAUAUGUUGACUAUACGUUGACUAUACGUUGACUAUACGUUAACUAUAUGUUGCCUAUAUGUUAACUAUAUGUUGCCUAUACAUUGACUAUACGUUGACUAUAUGUUAACUAUAUGUUGCCUAUACAUUGACUUUACGUUGCCUAUAUGUUGACUAUACAUUGACUAUACAUUGCCUAUACGUUAACUAUAUGUUGCCUAUACGUUAACUAUACGUUUCCUAUACGUUGCCUAUACGUUAACUAUACGUUUCCUAUGCGCUAACUCUACGUUGCCUAUACGUUGACUAUAUGUUAACUAUAUGUUGCCUAUAUGUUAACUAUAUGCUGCCUAUACAUUGACUAUACGUUGCCUAUAUGUUGACUAUAUGUCGCCUAUACAUUGCCUAUACGUUGCCUAUACGUUGACUAUAUGUUGACUAUACGUCGCCUAUACAUUGCCUAUACGUUGCCUAUACGUUAACUAUACGUUUCCUAUAUGUUAACUAUAUGUUGCCUAUACGUUGCCCACCCAAACAUGCCAUAUACUACAGCCAAGUUCUGCCUUUUGAAGUUGAGAUAAUAUAUUUAUCAGUUAUUUCAAGUGAUGUGUACAUAGUUAUAUUGAUAUAUUGAUAUAUAGUUAUAUUGAUAUGUUGAUAUAUAGUUAUAUUGAUAUAUUGAUAUAUAGUUAUAUUGAUAUAUAGUUAUAUUGAUAUAUUGAUAUAUAGUUAUAUUGAUAUAUUGAUAUAUUGAUAUAUAGUUAUAUUGAUAUAUAGUUAUAUUGAUAUAUUGAUAUAUUGAUAUAUAGUUAUAUUGAUAUAUUGAUAUAUAGUUAUAUUGAUAUAUUGAUAUAUAGUUAUAAUGAUAUAUUGAUAUAUAGUUAUAUUGAUAUGUUGUGCAUGUCUGUGUUGGUUCAAGCAUUUCAGGAUUUGAGAAAGAUAGAGAUCAUAGAUAUCAAAAGAUUUGUCAAUGUCAAAGAAUUUGAGCGAAAACAUAUCACAAUUGUGAUCUUUACUUUACUAAGAACUGUAAAUGAUUUAUUUUAAUGAAAACAUUUGCUGAUGAUCCAACACAAUAGUUCAACCUCAAUGAUUCAACCUAAUGAUUCAACCUAAGGAUUCAACCCAAUGAUUCAACCUAAGGAUUCAACCCAAUGAUUCAACCUAAGGAUUCAACCCAAUGAUUCAACCUAAGGAUUCAACCCAAUGAUUCAACCUAAGGAUUCAACCCAAUGAUUCAACCUAAGGAUUCAACCCAAUGAUUCAACCUAAUGAUUCAACCCAAUGAUUCAACCCAAUGAUUCAACCUAAGGAUUCAACCCAAUGAUUCAACCUAAUGAUUCAACCCAAUGAUUCAACCUAAUGAUUCAACCAAAUGAUUCAACCUAAGGAUUCAACCCAAUGAUUCAACCUAAUGAUUCAACCUAAUGAUCCAAUCUAUGCAUUUUAUCCCUUGAUUUUGAUUUGUGUUGCUCUUCUAUAAUUUUUAUUGUCACUUUAUUUGGCCCGAAGACAGACGUGUUUUAUUGUAUCAUAGAGCUGUAAAAUAUUACGGUAUAUUAUCAUGCUGUUGUCAGAAUGAGUGUAUGUUUUAAUCAGUUAUAUGAGAAAAAAAUGAAGUAUAUUUAGAAAAUAGAUGAUAUUGCCAAGCUUUUUGUAAACUGACACUGUUAUUCUUGUAUUUAGCUGCGGUUUGUAGGAAAGCUUAAAAUAUGAAGUGGAAAUAUAUGAUAUAUCUAUAAAUCUCUUGUGAGAAGCUAAGAAAGCUAAAAAAUAAUAAACUUUCUGGGACAAUCCCUACUUAGAUGGUGGAUUUUGGACCAAUUUAUAUAAUUUAAAGAAUAGAAAGCUAUUUACUUUUACAUUUUAUAAAUAACAAGUGCUCCUCGUGAACAGAGGAAGAAAGAAAAAAUAUCACAUAUUUAAAAAAAUGAACUGUUACAUUUCUUUACUUAUGUACAGGAAUACAUUGGAUGUGUGCUGUGUAAUUUGCAAUCAAAAAGAAUAUAUAACUUGUGCAACUUUAAUGUAUUAAAACAUAAAUAAAUGUACAUCUUUGUCGAAGAA